AUGUCUUCCGAUCACAACCAUACGAUUCCCAGUAGUCGCACUUUCUAUCGCAUCGGCGCAACGUUCACGGUGCGAAUGCGAACUCUAUCCGGUCCAUCCAACCAGAAGGGGGAAACAGACAUCCCCCGUGCGGCGAAAAACUGGGUACGGUGCCGUCUAUCACACCUCCAAGUCUUUCGGCAAGCACUGGCUUUUUUUACCGUCAAAGCGCUCUGGAAGACCACCUCGUUUACAAUGGCUCUCUGCUAUCCCUGUCAUCGCCAAUCAAUGAAGCUUCUACUCAGCAUCUUUCUUUUCGCCUCGUGCUAUACACCGGUGAUCGAUGCUUUCCGAGUCGCACCGCUGGGUUCCCGGUUUACCGAAACGAUUCGCUUCUCCUCCAUCAGCUUGGACUACCCACAUCGAGAAGGACCACCACUACCGCCGCCUCAUCAAUUCCAUCCACAUCAGUCACAGUCAUCCGCGGAUCAAUCAUCGCUGACCGCGGUUCGUACCGUUGCGACAACGCUCGAGUAUCUGGACGUACUCGAUGCCAACCAGCAUUCCGAUGACCUCUUGAUUGUCAAAUACAACGCACCUUCCUGUAGACUUUGUGUGCGUUCGGGAAUUCACUACAAAAAGCUGGCUCUCUCCCUGAGAGAGCAAGGCUUGCCCGUACAGUGUGUUCGAUUCGACGCGAGCGUGCUUUCCGGGGCAACCCUCCGCGAUUUGGGUCUGAUACGCUUUCCGUUCGUCCAAAUCUUUCGUCGUGGUGACUGUGUAGCAGCCUUCUCCACGGGCGCCACGCAUAUGUUCACCACCAAGGUAAAAAAUGCCGUGCGCAAAAGUCUCGCCCGAUCACCGGACGAAUGGAACACAUUUUUGGUCGACGAGUACGCCGAUUAUGUGUGCAGUAAUCGGCAGGCUCGACGCACCCUCCGCGAAGCACUCUCGGUUUCUAACCAACAGCUACAUCCGCAGGACUAGUGACAAGGGGGGAUUGGCGAGAGCCAGGGAUGGUACCAUUCUCGCUUCCUAUUAAAGCAUAUAGGGAUACAUAGUUUCAUUGUUC